UUGAAAAAGGAAGAGAAGGAGAUGAAGCUAAAAUAAGAAAAGAACGAAGCAGCAGUAGCAGCAACGUGAGGCUGAGAAGAAAAAGCAGAGAACUCUGAGAUCGGCGUUGUGUCGGUGACUGGAUCUGUGGUGGCAACCAACGACAAGAUCGCAUCUCGGUCCGGAACUCCUACCUUUCCCUUGGCUGCUAGUGCAGUAGUAGUGCUACACAAACAAUAUGGUAACUGAGAUUGGAAGCUCUUCAGCUGCAGAUGUAAGUGGAGAUUGGGUGAAUGACUUUAAAGCAAUGUUUGUAAGUCCGAAGCAACAAUUCUCAAUUGGGUGUUUGAUCAGUGUUCCAGAUCACCUACGCAAACUGGAUGAGCAAGCCUUCACUCCUUUGCUUAUUUCUAUUGGCCCUAUUCACCGCUCCAUUACAAAAUUACAGACCAUGAACAGGUGCAAAUUACAGUUUUGUGAGCGUUUCAUUCAACGGGCUAACAUAAAUUGGGAGGAAUUAUUAUACGCAGUAAAAGAGAAGGAAAAAGAAAUUCGCUCUUACUAUGUAGAGGAUAUUGUGUCCAGCAUAAGCAUUAAGGAUUUUGUGAAAAUGAUCGUGUUGGAUGGGAUGUUCAUUCUUGAAUACUUCUUGAGACAUUCUAACCCACAUUUGGAAAGGAACGAUUCUAUGAUUGCGGAAUGGAUGCAUCGAAUUUUGAAAUUUGACUUGGUAAUACUUGGAAAUCAGCUUCCCUUUUUUGUUUUAGACAUGCUAUUCAAGCAAGCAAAAUUUCCGGCUGGAUUAGGGAUACGUCCUUUGAAUUUAAAGCAACUUGCUUUUGCAUUCUUUGAAUGUUACGACUUUCAAGGACCUGGGGUUUUGCCAUUGGAUGGGCACGUAGAAAACUUAACAGAUCUGGUUAGAUUGUUUUAUCUACGUGGAAUAUCAACGAAUGUAAGACCUGAAGGGGAUAAACUGUCAUACUCUGCAACCCAGUUGCAUGAGGCAGGAGUCGAGUUGAAGGGAGUCGAGUGGGAUGUGGAGGGCGGAUGGUUUGUUGACAAAAGGUUCUGGGGGUUUGAAAGCAGACGUAGGAGUCGAGAAUUUGUAAAUGGAUCGCGUAGAUGCUGUCUUGACAUACGGUUCCUGCUUCCUGAGGCACUUGUCAAGUUGUGGGGAGUUGGGCUUGAUGAGGAAGAGGAAUUUAAUAGACUGCGUAGACACUUUCUUGAGAUAAGGUUCCACAAUGGAGUGUUGGAAAUCCCCUGCAUUAAGUUAAAUGGUGAGAGAAUACGUCUUAUUCGAAACAUUAUUGCAUUAGAGCAAUCGCAUUAUGUAGGGCACACAUAUGUUACGGAUUUCUUUGUCUUCUUGGAUUUCCUAGUUGAUAAUUCCAAAGAUGUAGAUUUACUUUGUGAUAAGGGAAUCCUCGUUAAUUACCUUGGCGACAGCAACACAGCAGCAUCAGCUGUCAACAGUUUUAGCACCGAUAUGUUAUUGGAUUAUAUGAAUCCUGAAUACUCGAAAAUAUGUAAAGAUUUGAAUGCAUUCUGUAAGAAACCUUGGCAUAGAUGGAGGGCAACGUUAUGGCGUCAAUAUUUUUGCACUCCUUGGAGGGCCGCUUCAACCAGUGCUGCUAUUCUGCUUCUUUUGCUCACGGGCAUACAAACUGUAUGCGCUCUAUGGUCCACUAACUGGUGACAGGUAUGCAGCAGUUCUGCUGAUCACUUUAGCCUUUGUUAUCUGUUAAUUAUCCUUUGUUUUCAGUUGUUACUAUUUUGAAUAAGGGUUUAUCCUUAUCAUUUGGAAGUCUUUUUGAGUGUGUUUGUGUUGGAAUUAGAUCAGAUAGUCAUAUUGCUUAUCUAUAUCUGUUUAAUUAUCCUUUGAGUUUUGUAAUAAUUCUUUUCAAUUCUAU